UGCCUGAGGUUUAGACUGCUCCCCCAGUCCUCCCCAAGACCAACACUUCUCAUUGCUCUAUUAUAUACGCUCAUCACAUCAACCUCUCUCCACCAACUCUCACACACAUCCACUACUCACACCUACAGACCUUCAAUACAUAGCCAUCAAAUAUGAUCACCGCCUUCAUCUUACUCUCCAUCUUCUUUACAGUCUUCUCUGCUCCAGACUUCUCUCAAACUUUACCGGCCACAGUCAAUCAAGGUGAAUGGCAUCUCUUGCACGCCAGCAUCGGCAUAUCAGCCAUGCACAUGCAGCUCCUUUGGAACAACAAAGUCGUUAUUUUUGAUAGAACUGAUUUUGGCCCUUCCAACCUCUCUCUUCCCCCUCACCUUUGCCGCCAUGAUCCUCGUGAUCAUGCCCUCCAAACUGACUGCACUGCUCACUCCUUACUAUACUGCGUCGACACCAACACUUUCCGGCCGUUGAAGGUUCAAACUGACACUUGGUGUUCCUCUGGAUCCGUUCUCCCCAAUGGGACUCUUACUCAGACUGGUGGGUUUAACGAUGGAGAUCACGUCCUGCGAAUGUUCACCCCAUGCGACGAUUAUAGCUGUGAUUGGGUCGAGUUUCCUGGGUACCUGUCCCAACGUAGAUGGUAUGCGAGUAAUCAGAUAUUGCCGGACGGCCGUAUCAUCAUCGUCGGAGGAAGACGGCAGUUUAAUUAUGAGUUUUACCCUCGGAGUUCUCGAGGUUCUAACUUAUACACCCUUGAUUUUUUGAGAGAAACCAGAGAUGCCCAUGAGAACAACUUGUACCCAUUCUUACACCUCUUACCCGACGGAAACCUGUUCAUUUUCGCUAACACACGAUCGAUUUCUCUAGAUUACAAGCGGAAUAGGGUUGUUCAGGAGUUCCCACCGAUCACCGGCGGCGAGCCUCGUAACUACCCUAGCUCAGGAUCAUCAGUCCUGCUCCCCAUCAAUGAAACCCAAGCCAUUGAAGCUGAGGUCUUGGUCUGUGGUGGUGCACCGCCCGGUGCAGUGUCACAAGCGUUGCGUGGAAACUUUGUUAGUGCAAGCUUGACAUGCGGACGUCUGAAGGUCACUGAUGAAAACCCUAAUUGGGUCAUGGAGGAGAUGCCGGUUGCUCGAGUUAUGGGGGAUAUGCUACUUCUUCCCACUGGCGACGUUAUCAUAAUCAAUGGGGCACGAUUGGGCGCAGCCGGGUGGGAGUACGGAAGAAGUCCGGUUACUAACCCGGUGAUUUACCUGCCUUUUGGGGAUGUUAACCGGAGAUUUUUAGUCAUGUCCGGAUCAAUCAGACCAAGAAUGUACCACUCCUCCGCUGUCCUAUUACCGGAUGGCCGGAUUUUAGUCGGUGGAAGCAACCCUCACGUAUACUAUAACUUCACAAACGUCCUUUACCCCACAGACCUCAGCUUGGAAGCAUACUCACCUCCCUAUACAUCACAAGCAUUCUCUUCACUUCGUCCUCAUAUUCUGUCCCUGGAUGAGAACUUACGAUAUGGGCAGUCAUUCUCGAUUGUUUUCAAUGUGUGUGAGUACACGAAUGAUAGAGUUCUAUCAGCAAAUAUUGUUGCGCCAUCGUUUACUACACACACAGUGGCAAUGAACCAGAGAAUGGUGGUGCUGAGAGUGGAAAGUGUCAUGCAGGAGGCAGGGAAUACGUAUAGGUUGAGUGUGGUUGGGCCAUCAACGCCUGAAAUUGCACCACCAGGUUACUAUAUGUUGUUUGUGGUGCAUUCUGGUAUACCAAGUCAUGGUUCGUGGGUCAAAAUCCAUUGAUUGGAGUCGUGAAAUACGCAGAGAUUUUGUUUAUUGUACCCACAGUUUUUAUUCAUUGUUGGAAAGAAGAAAUGAUUGAAUGACCAAUGAAUU